AUGGAGUCAAUACACAAAGAUUCCCAUGAUAUAACGCCUCUGGAUGUUCUUGAAGACACUGCAAAGAUUGUCAGCGAGAACGAACCAAAUAUUGCAACGAAUAUCGAUGAUGUCGAUUCUAUGAUUGCCACGCAAAUGAUGGAAUUGUCCAUGAAAGACAGGGAGAAGGUGUACAUGGAUGUUCAUGGAGUGAGACAAGGUCCUACAGAGACCGAGGAAGCCAUCGAAAAAGGCCUAGAUUUAAUGCACAGGGAAAUUGAUAAAUUGAAAGAUAAGCGUGCUUACGAUCUUGCUUUGUCCAUGAACUCCACAUAUGUGGAAAAUCGCUCCUUCCGGUUAGCAUUUCUCCGAGCAGAUUCCUUUGAUGCUAGAAAAGCAGCCCUUCGAAUUAUCCGGUUUUUUCAACUCAAGCUCGACUUAUUUGGUGAAGAUAAGCUAGUAUUGGACAUUGUUCAAGAUGACCUUGACGGCGAAGCCAUGCAAGAUCUAUAUUGUGGAAGAAAGCAAGCAUUAGAUGCCCAAGACCGUACAGGAAGGUGGAUAAAUUUGGCUGUAGUCGGUACUCGGGUUUCGGCGAGAGCAGUUCUUCAGCGAUCGUUUUACAAUAAUAUGCAGAAUAUUCGUAAACACGGAGCGCAGGAGAAUGGCUUUAUCGGUAUCGUUUACGGGCUUGGGGAUCAAUCUGCUGAAACAAGCCUCCAGUAUCCGUGGAAUUUGGCCACGAUGAUCCAAGCCCUGCCAGUUCGAGUUGAAGCAAUCCAUUUCUGUCACGAUAGCGUGAUUUACCGUGUUCUAUUUGCAGUUAUCAAGACUGCUUUAAGUCCUUUUGUGAAGAUGAGGUCAAAGACGCAUUACGGAACGCACGAUGAAGUAAUGUCCAGUCUGGCAGGAUUUGGUAUUUUACCAGGAACCAUCCCAGUCACGAAAGGUGGGGAAAUUUCAAACUUGCAAGCAUUCCGCGAACGUCUGAUGGAAAUGCGUGCGGAAGAACGGUGCCAACAGCCGAGAAGACAAAAGGUGCAUGUUCCGUUCAAAGUUGACGUCCUUUUUGGCAAAGGAACCCCCUUUCAAACUCAUCCAGGCAAUAUACAGCUCCGAAGUCUAGUGACAGCAAGGUACAAGAUAUAUCAGAAAGCUAAGAAACGAGGACAAAAGAGGCAAAUUGCCCAGGAAAUUGUGGAGACCAUACAUCAAAACGCAGGGCUGUUUCUGCGACCUGAUGGUGACUUGUGGGUUUGUGUCGACAAUGACGGAGCGAUACAGAAAGUAAGCGCCUUAUUCCGAACAAUUCGUGUCAAAAGAGGGGACACGUGA